GUUUCAGUCGCGCGGUGCGGCUGGCUGCGGUGCGCUUCUAAUGUUCGCGCGAUGAUUUUCGAUACACGCGGCUUCGAAAACACUUCCAAAACUUUGAUAUAACAAUGCUAAUGAGUGAAUUGUGUCAUGACACUGACUUUCUACUCCUCCUUAAUUGGGACGAACUACUUCGGUGAAAAGUUUAAGUAAACUCCGAUACUGAAUGCCAACGAACAUGGUGGCGUUGACUUUCCUAAUAGUUUUGGCGGUACUCUCGCCAGGGCGCCAUUGUUCGAGCUCGGGAAGCGCGCCCGCCCAGCCCUCACCCCACGUGAAACGAUGUCGGCGGUCUACCCCCGAUACGAACGCCAUGGAAGGGAAAUGGGAAAAGAGCCGUAGUUCGUGGAUUUUGCAACACUCCAGUAAGAAAACUUAUACAGCUUGUAAAUGCUACCAGCGCCUUCCUCAAUUGAACAAACAACAAGCAUGGGCAAACGCAAGUUCUCCCGUUAAUGUCAGCGGAGAUGUAUCGGCGGAGAGUGCAGGUUUCGUACUGUUGGUGGGCCACGACUGCGAGACGCUAUUCAAGUGCCGGAUCAUCCGAUCACAACAAAAGCACAACUUUAGUGCUGCGUUCCACAACGGUCAUCAGAGACUCCUGUACGGAUGCGAUAAAGUGGAUCAAAUGAAUACAUCAACAACGAAAUACAUUAUGUGGUGCUCAUUAGGGGAGAAAACCGACAAGUACCGUCCGUUCAAACGAAAACGCUCGAAACGUUCGCCAGAUUCUCGACCGGAGUUGGUGUACACAUUUAUUGAGCAAGCAGUCCAGCCCGGCGCCCAAGUGGCACUCAAGUGCUCGGCAGUGGGGGAGCCCCCUCCACGACUGAGGUGGCUACUGGAUGACCAACCUAUACCUAGUCAUCAUGGGGCUUCCAUUACCGAAGGCAGAGAGAGUAAUCCGUCUGGUAUCGGCGCUAGCAGCAACUACGUGCUGUCUACGUUGUCACUGAGCAGCGCGCGAGUUGAGCAAGGUGGCCGGUAUGAAUGUCGAGCGAGUAACAAUCACGGGACCGUCGCUCACGCAGCGAGACUUAAUGUGUACGGUCCUCCUUAUAUACGGUCUAUGCCACCUGUGAAAGCUGUCGCUGGUUCGGAUGUCAGAAUUUGGUGUCCUUACUACGGAUUCCCAGUCGAGUCAGUGAAAUGGGAGGGUGGGGCAGGGAACGACCCUCGCUACCAGCAGCUGGAUGGCCAGCUCACCAUUACUAAUGUGGAUAAGAACAGGGACAGAGGAUCAUGGACCUGUUCCGUGCUCACUCCCGGCGGGGAACUUGCUAAGAGAGAGGUACUGGUCACCGUUGUGUCACCACCAGUUCUGUCCCCUGUGGUGUUUCCACCUGGGUUGAGGGCUGGAGACAGAGCUCAGCUCACUUGCAGCGUUACAUCGGGAGAUAUGCCUGUUUAUUUCUCCUGGCUUAAAGAUCAGAUGCCUAUAUCCAGCAUACUUCAGGUAGAAGAGCGCGGUGCCGAGUUCUACAGCAUGCUGAUAUUCAAAUCUCUAACUGCGGCACACAGUGGAGCUUAUACUUGCGUGGUCACAAACACUGCGGGAAAAGCUAAUACUUCUGCUGAACUGGCAAUAAAAGUUCCUCCGUUUUGGCAAAUCGAGCCCGCUGAUGCGGCCGUGCUUCUAAAUGGAUCACUUACAGUGAGUUGUGAGGCGAGAGGUCAUCCUACACCUGCUAUCUAUUGGACCAAGUUUUCUGGCAACACAGAAACAGCACUGGGUGGAGUGUCAGAUCCGGUGGUAUUAACGAAUGGAUCUUUAAGGCUGGACUCGGCUCGGGCGGAACAUUCUGGAAAAUAUCGCUGCAGGGCCGAUAAUGGUGUACCACCACCACUCUCCAAAACUCUCAAUAUACAUGUUAACGAACCUGCUCGCUUCGAAUCUCCUUCAGUGAACGUGACAUCUAAGCUGGGUGACACUGUAAGAUUGGCUUGUGUAGCAAGAGGGGACUCCCCGUUGUCGACAACGUGGAGUCAUUCGGGAAGAGCUUUACCCAAUUCUGAUUACAGAAUGAGUAUAUCAGAAACACGAAGUGCUGAGGGAUUGAGGAGUGAAUUAGUAAUUGAAAGAGCAGAUAGAAGAGACUCUGGAGUGUACAGAUGCCAAGCUUCAAACCCAUAUGGAAGAUCCGAUCACUUCGUUCAUCUUGCAGUUCAAGAGCCCCCCGAGCCCCCAUCCAACUUCAGAAUCCGCGAAACCACGUCUCGUUCAGUGGCGCUACAGUGGCGGCGGCCUUAUGACGGUAAUUCGCCAGUCCUCGGCUACGUGGUGCAAUACAGGAAGCAUGAUGCAAGCACUGUAGACUCUUGGCGGGACGCCCAUACUCACAACGUGACGGUCGCGCUGCAUCAAAUCGACGGUUACACUGAGACUGAAGGCGCGAUUAUAUCGGGCUUGGAGCCAGCGACCGCGUAUUUGGUGCGAGCUCGCACGGUGACUGCGCAGUUUGCCUCCGCGCACACCAGAGCGUUACUCGCGGUGACUUUGCACGAACCGCCUGCGCGGGCGCCGCUGAGUCUCCGCGCGUCUGCUCCCAGACCGUCUACCAUUGAACUGGUGUGGCAGGCACCGCCGUCGUCUACUUGGAACGGCGAGCUCCUCGGAUACACAGUUUGGUGGUGGCCGUCAGCCGAUGGGUCUGUUGCUGGUGGAUCUAGUGUAGGCAUGGAGUUUGCUACAGUACGCGGGCAAGUCACCAAAUAUACCAUCGAGAGCCUGGAGCAUUACACUCGGUAUUCUGUAUGCGUCAGAGCUUUCAACAGCGCCGGAGCAGGACCUGCAACCACGCCCGUUAAUACGCUCACCCAGGAAAGUGUGCCUUCAGAAGGUCCGCGGGCGGUGCGAUGCAGGGCUGUCUCCCCACAGAGCUUGAAAGUAGAAUGGUCUCCCCCGCCCGCCCAUGUGCACCGCGGCGCUUUGCUGGGAUACAAACUCCUUUACCGGCCAGAGCAUAUCGUUUGUUGGCAGCGGCUGAUUGGCUGGAGUGGGAGUUGCGCAGCGCGGGCGGCUCGAACGCGGGCGCCGGCGCAGAAGUCAAGCGGGUAGCCGGCGUAGAAACGCUCUUGCUUGCACUGAAACCGCACACCAAUUACACGAUACAAGCGCUAGCGUAUACCGCGGCCGGCGAUGGGGUACCCGCCAAUCCGAUACAUUGUACCACCCAGCAGGAUGGUGAGUUAAUUAAAAUGGAGAUGUAAUAAAUUAACAUAGAUAUUUAAAAUGUUAAAUAGUAGUUCU